UUGCACAAAAACAUUACCUGGGAAUCCACAAGUUUAAUACAAUUCCAUUUCACAUUUGGAAAGUCUGUUUAAUAAUAUAAACCUUCAGAUAUGUUGUCUCAAAUUCCCCCCUGUCAUAAUGACCACCGUCCUGCCCACUGGCACAGUAAGUUGACAUGGAAUUGUAUUUAACUUGUGGCUUCUCAUGGACUGUUUUUGUGCAAACCAGUACAAUUGAAAGCAACACAGUUCAUUCAGAAAGUAUUCAGACCCCUUCCCUUUUUCCACAUUUUGUUACUCUACAGCCUUAUUCUACAAAGGAUUAAAUGAAUACAAAUUCCUCAUCAAUCUACACACAAUACCCCAUAAUGACAAAGUGAAACAGGUUUUUAGAAAUGUUUGCAAAUGUAUAAAAGAAACUAAAACAGAAACACGUUAUUUACAUAAGUAUUCCGAAUCUUUGCUAUGAGAUUUGAAAUUGAGCUCAGGUGCAUCCUGUUUCCAUUGAUCAUCCUUGAGAUGUUUCUACAACUUGAUUGGAGUCCACCUGUGGUAAAUUCAAUUGAUUGGACAUGAUGUGGAAAGGCACAGACAUGUCUAUAUAGGUUCCCACAUUUGACAGUGCAUGUCAGCAAAAACCAAGCCAUGAGUACCAGAGAAAUGUCUGCAGUAUUGAAGGUCCCCUAGAACACAGUGGACUCCAUCAUUCUUAAAUGGAAGUAGUUUGGAAGCACCAAGACUUCCUAGAGCUGGCCGCCCGGCCAAACUGAGAAAUCGUGGGGGAAGGGCCUUGGUCAGGGAGGUGACCCAUGAUCGCUCUGACAGAACUCCAGAGAGAAGGACAACCAUCUCUGCAGCACCCCACCUAUCAAAUCAAAAAAAUUGUCACAUGCCCCGAAUACAACAGGUGUAGACCUUAGAGUGAAAUGCUUACUUACAGGCCCUUAACCAACAAUGCAGUUUUAAGAAAAAAUAAAUAAAAGUAACAAAUAAUUAAAGAGCAGCAGUAAAAUAACAAUAGCGAGGCUAUAUACAGGGGUACCGGUUUACUGAGUGGCUUCCGUCUGGCCUUUAUGUUAGUGGCCACUCCUCAGUAAAAGUCACAUGACAGCCCGCUUGGGGUUUGCCAAAAUUGCACCUAAUGGACUCCGACCAUGAGAAACAAGAUUCUCUGGUCUGAUUAAACCAAGAUUUCUUUGGACUGAAUGCCAAGCGUCACAUCUGGAGGAAACCUGGCACCAUCCCUACGGUGAAGCAUGUUGGUGGCAGCAUCAUGCUGUGGGGAAGUUUUUCAGCGGCAGGGACUGGGAGACUAGUCAGGAUCAAGGGAAAGAUUAACGGAGCAAAGUACAGAGACAAGUACAGAACGCUCAGGACUUCAGACUGGGGUGAAGGUUCACCUUCCAGCAGGACAACGACCCUAAGCACACAGCCAAGACAACGCAGGAGUGGCUUCUGGACAAGUCUCUGAAUGUCUUUGAUUGAACCAGCCAGAGCUCGGACUUGAACCCGAUCGAACAUCUCUGGAGAGACCUGAAAAUAGCUGUGCAGCAACGCUUCUCAUAUAACCUGACAGAGCUUGAGAGGAUCUGCAGAGAAGAAUGGGAGAAACUCCCCGAAUACAGGUGUGCCAAGCAUGUAGUGUCAUAAAAAAAACAACUAAUUAAUACAUUUUAGAAUCAGGCUGUAACGUAACAAAAUGUGGAAAACGUCAAGGGGUCUGAAUACUUUCCGAAUACACUGUGUAAAUACACUGUGUAAAUACACUGGUGUUGCUGAAAGUACCUAUCAGAAGCAAGACCACCACCAAGGACACAGAGUCUGAGGGUUGGGAGGGAGAUGUGUUGCUGUUGGCUGGUACCAGUGCCAUGGCUGCUGACAUCACUAUCCGAAGAUACCAGGAAGACGACAAGGAGACCGUGAAGGAGAUCUUCACCAUGGGGAUGAGCGAGCACAUCCCCUCCUCCUUCAUGCACCUCCUCAAACAGCCCUUGACCCAGAUGAUCCUGAUGGUCACGUUCUGCGCCCUGCUGGCCAGCUCCAAGUCCGUCCUGCUGCCUGUAGUAGGGGUCACUCUCCUCCUGGCCGGGGCCAAGCAGCUGGUGGGCUACCUCUUCAACAGCUACAUCGACACCUCCCUGAGGAAGGACCUCGACCACAUCCAGGAGACCUACCUGGAGAACAAGGACUCGUGUUUCUGGGUUGCUGAGAGCGACGGCCGGGUGGUGGCGACGGUGGCCUGCCUACCCGCGGAGAGGGAACCAGGCUGCAUGGAGCUGAAGAGGUUGUCUGUAUGUCGUACACACCGGGGGAUGGGCAUCGCCAAGGCCCUCAGCAGGACAGUGGCAGACUUCAGCAGGGAGAGGGGCUUCCCUGCGGUCGUCCUCUACACGUCUGUAGUGCAGACUGAUGCACAGAGGCUGUAUGAGAACGUGGGCUACACACGGGUCAGAGAGUUCGUCAUCCCUGAGCCCAUCGCCAAAAUCACCAACUUUACCCUGAUAGAGUACAGACUGGACUUACUGCAGGGGGGGAAAUAGGAGGAGGACUGGAAUUACUGCAGGGG